CCUCCAGACUCAGUUUUAGGACCACCGUGGCUGCCAAUGAAGGAUGCCAGUAGCCAGAUCCCUGGGAGUUGAGAAAAAAAAAAAAAAAAAGAAAGAAAAUCAGGUUGAGGACAGAAAGGAAAUGCACAUAGCAACCUCCAAAGCACGAAGAAAUCUCAGUCUGCAAAUGCCUACAGGAUCCCGAGCAAGGAAAGAGCAGGAUAUCUCCGACUACCCAGAGGACGUGCAGCACCACAAACAGGAACUUUAAAGGGAUUGAAAUCUGUUGCCUGUUCCACUAGGAAUAUUGUUUGCAAGGCACAAGGUGUCUUUUGGUAGUGAGCACCCUCUGCGCAUGCGCAGGUCCAUUCGGGAAUUACUGCCCUGCUGCCGACUAAGUUGCAUUCCUUGAAUCUUCGCAGAAAAGACAAUUCUUUAAUCAGAGUUAGUAAUGUGGACAGUACAAAAUCGAGAGAGUUUGGGGCUUCUCUCUUUCCCUGUGAUGAUUGCCAUGGUCUGUUGUGCACACAGCGCCAAUGAGCCCAGCAACAUGUCAUACGUGAAAGAGACAGUGGACAGAUUGCUCAAAGGAUAUGACAUUCGCUUGCGGCCGGACUUUGGAGGGCCCCCUGUGGACGUAGGGAUGCGGAUCGAUGUCGCCAGCAUAGACAUGGUCUCCGAAGUGAACAUGGAUUAUACACUCACCAUGUAUUUCCAGCAAUCUUGGAAAGACAAAAGGCUUUCUUAUUCUGGAAUCCCACUAAAUCUCACGCUAGACAACAGGGUAGCUGACCAACUCUGGGUGCCAGACACCUACUUUCUGAACGACAAGAAAUCAUUUGUGCAUGGGGUUACAGUGAAGAAUCGAAUGAUCCGACUGCAUCCUGAUGGAACAGUUCUCUACGGACUCCGGAUCACAACCACAGCUGCAUGUAUGAUGGAUCUACGAAGAUAUCCUCUGGAUGAGCAAAACUGCACUCUGGAGAUUGAAAGUUAUGGCUAUACUACUGAUGACAUUGAGUUUUACUGGAAUGGAGGAGAGGGAGCAGUAACUGGAGUUAAUAAAAUUGAGCUUCCUCAGUUUUCAAUUGUCGACUACAAGAUGGUCUCCAAGAAAGUGGAGUUCACAACUGGGGCAUAUCCACGACUGUCACUAAGUUUUCGUCUAAAGAGAAAUAUUGGCUACUUCAUUUUGCAAACCUACAUGCCUUCCACAUUGAUUACAAUUCUGUCCUGGGUGUCUUUUUGGAUCAACUAUGAUGCAUCUGCAGCCAGAGUUGCACUAGGAAUCACCACCGUGCUGACAAUGACAACCAUCAGCACUCACCUCAGGGAGACUUUGCCGAAGAUCCCUUAUGUCAAAGCGAUUGAUAUUUACCUGAUGGGUUGCUUUGUGUUUGUGUUCCUGGCUCUCCUGGAAUAUGCCUUUGUAAAUUACAUCUUCUUUGGAAAAGGCCCUCAGAAAAAGGGAGCUAGCAAACAAGACCAGAGUGCCAAUGAGAAGAACAAAUUGGAGAUGAAUAAAGUUCAGGUGGACGUCCACGGCAACAUCCUCCUCAGCACCCUGGAGAUCAAGAACGAGACGAGCGGCUCGGAAGUGCUCACGGGCGUGAGCGAGCCCAAGGCCAGCAGCAUGUACUCGUACGACAGCGCCAGCAUCCAGUACCGCAAGCCCCUGAGCAGCCGCGGGGAGGCGUACGGGCGCGCGCUCGAGCGGCACGGCGCGCACAGCAAGGGGCGCAUCCGCAGGCGCGCCUCGCAGCUCAAAGUCAAGAUCCCCGACUUGACUGAUGUGAACUCCAUAGACAAGUGGUCCCGAAUGUUCUUCCCCAUCACCUUUUCUCUUUUUAACGUCGUUUAUUGGCUUUACUAUGUACACUAAGGUCUGUCCUAAGGGUUCGUAAACGACUACUUUCCUCUUUUGAUUUUUGACCCCACAGGCCCCCCGCAGCGCCACUGCUGUGCUUUUUUGAGGUAAGAGAUUCAGCCAUCCGAUUGGUUUGAGGUCUUGCAUAUCAAUUUUAUUACUGCACCAUGUUUACUUCCAAAAACAACACACACACACACACACACACACACACCACAAAGAAAACUCUAUUUUUUCCAGUCUACUGUGGUCCAGGUUAUCAGCUCUGUCAGAGCUCUAUUAAUUGCCGUGUUUACAAACAAAGAACAAACACACACAAAGAGAGAAGUUAUAUAGGUAGAUCUUUAGCAGUCCUAUCUUUUGGCCCUGGAUUUUUUUGAUCUAUUUUUUAAAAUGAGAAGGAAAACAGGACCUAGCUCUCCGCGCGCACUGCUUCCUGGUAAACUGUAACAAUCUCAUGCUGCCAAAAACAAAAAAAAACAAAAACAAAAACAAAAACAAAAAACCAACACAAUUUCCAGGAUCUCAGAAGAAAAAAACAAAGCCAUUGACAAGUUACAGAUUUCCAGGAAGAAGGGGGGAUAAGAGGAGCCUAGAAGAGGAAGGAAGUCUCCCCUCCAGCCUCAAGCCCCCCCAGCGCCCUUGCAGAAGGGGUCCCAGCUCCACGGGGGAGGAGGGAGGGAUUGACAAGGGCUGAUGGAGGUUGUGCAAACCAAACCUGCCAUCUUCACCUCACCAUUAAGCUGGAUAUUCUGAAAAACAACAACAGAACAAAACAAACAAACAAAAAAACCCGCUUCUUUCUCAGACUUGCAGGCAGAUUUAAAAUUAACACUCAAAUCCAUCCUGGUGGCCAUUGAGAACAUUUCUCUCUUCUUGUUGAGAAUAAGGAGUCUCAGGGCAAUGGAGAUUUAUUGAACUGACUAUCUCAAAUGAGCAGCCCUGAACUCAUUUUAUUACCCUGGAAUCACUUGCCUCUGUGCCCUGAAGCCAUGCCUUCACAUCUCCUUAGUUCCUGCUCCAGAGAGAGUGAGAGGAAGGGAAUGGGGGAGGAGGGCUUUAAUAAUGGGCUGGUGAGCAUUUUUUGCGUGUAAAACACAUUGCCCUUUCCACGAGGAAGGCAAGACUUAUGUGCUGUGAAAAGGGUGCCUGGGCAGUUACCUACACUGCCAAAUCUUAAAUCAAAUAGUAUAUAUUUCUUAGCCUUCCAGAGAGCACCUAAUGGUGACAGGCCUUGUUGCACAGGCCCCGGCUAAUAACCUUAGCGCUCACCUCUCUGAGCUCUGCAUUCCAAAGUAGGAAAUGAAUGCUUCCGGAAAUGCACAUACACCCAUUUUGCUGUCACUCUCACCUGAGGCCAGAUUACCUUUUUAAAGAAAAAUCUCAAAAUAGGAAAACCACAGAUAUCAACAACAACCGUAACAAAAUCACUGGGCCUUCAAACAUUUAUACCAGCCCCUAAAGCAUAGAACACAUCUGCACUCAUUAAUCAUUAAUCAGCAGUCAUUACUGCUCUGCCUUAUCUCUGCUCACGGAUUACUGUGGUCAUGAUCGUCAUAGAAGGGGCAUCCCUCAGUAGCCCAACACACAAUUCUAAACACGUCUAACCAGCUACAGUUGAGGUUUAUCCCAUUUUAUGUCAUGAAAGCCUCAUUAAUCUUUUUCACCCUGAAUAUCUUAAGAAUUCUGUAUGUUCAUUCACGAGGUUGAGCGAAACCCUAAAACAACCAACCAGUGAUGGAGGCAAUUGGGGAUCUGACCCCUCGCUGUCAAAUAUGGGUUUAGGUAAUAAUAAGGACAAUUGCAUCAUUUGAUGAUCUGGCUUUCUCCCUAAGGCUGUGAUGAGGGUCCGUGUUGACAGUAGCAUCAGCUGCUAGAAAUUAUAGUCUUAAUUGGAAAGAUAAGGCCAAAUUCCUGCUGAUGAGCCCAAGGGGGCAGAGUUUUGAGAUACUCUUUUUAGAAAGCAAAAAGAAAAGAGAAACCUAAAAUAAAUGAAUGGUUAUAGCCAAAGACAAUAUACGUUAGUAAGAAUAUAAAAACUGUGCUUUUACUGGAAAAAUUAUCUCAGUGGUUUCAUAACCAAUUAGUAGGGUAUGGGGACCAAAUUCUCAUUUAGAUUUUCAAUUGCAUAAUCACAGUUCCAUGGUCAAGGAAAUCUCCAGCCUCUGGGGAUGAAGGGAUCCAUUUUGAAACUGACUACUUCUUGGCAUGGAAAGAGGCUUUGCCAUCAUGAAAUGCCCAAAUAGAAUGGAAGGUGCCCAUGCCGGUGACUGUAAGGUUAAUAUUCCCAAUGACCACUCAGGAAAUACUGUGUAUUUUAAACACAGGAAGGUAGACUUUGGACUGAUGCUCAACAGGAAUGAAUCAUCUGAUGUCAAAGUUUUUUAAAAAGCUUUUAAGGAUGAAAUGCUAAAUUAGAAAGGAAGUAUCUAUGAUCUAUGUUCCUUAACAAAACAAUUUUUCUUUAUUCACCUGUUUAGAUCAUUCUCCUUGGAAAAGAUUGAGGUAAUUUAUAUCUUUACUAAUUUUUUUAUCUUGCCUUAAAAGUCUAAAGAAUUUGAUGCUUGUAGUUCAGAUGUAAAGCAUCUCUGAGAAAAAAUAGAACAUUUUUAAAUCUUAUAUCUUAGCCUUUGUAAAUUGCAAAAUUAGUAAGCCUGAAUCUACCAUCAGGCACAAAAUGGUAUCAUUGUAUGUCUUCGUAGGCUUAGAGAGGGCACAGCCACAGGAUUGUGCAAAUUCUGUUAAUAGUUCUUAGAGGCAAUGGUAGCCUGAAAAAUGGAGAAGCUGAUGUAUUUCUGGUUAAUGACCUUUGUCCCCACUUCCUUCUUUAGGACACCUCUCAGCCAAAUCCCCUCCUCUGUGGCCCCCACCCAAACUCCCUCCAGGCUUAACAGUGCAGGGAAAAAAAACUGCUUCCUUCUCUGCCUCUCUCCCUUGUCUUGCUCUAAAUGAUGUACAUAAUACAUAAAAAUUGUUAGACAUUCCUAAGUGCCCUCAAACCGGUCCCCGCUUCUGAAAGAUUCAGAUCGUACAUUACUCUCCUGCUAUUACUGGGUUGUUUUAUCUUUGCCAUGAAAAUAGCCAUAAUCUCCUGCAUUACUGAAGUGGCAGCAGAGGCAGAAAAUUGCACAGAUUCACUCUCCUUUGCCACAGUCAUGUUCAGGGGACCCCAUGUUCGCAGUUCAUAAACUGUGUCAUAGAUUUAACCUGUGUAGACCCAGCAGAACCUCAUCGUUCAUUUGACAACGACGACUACACAUUUUUUUCUACUCAUGUUCCUUGGCUUAAAAUAGAGGUGACACGUGUGUUACGCUUACCAGCUUUGUGAGGCAGACCCAGAUAAAGACACAUUUUUGGCUUAAAUUAUCCAGGAUUAUUGCCUCAAUCCUCUAUAUUGCCAAACAGAAACAGCAGACUGGUUGGUAAUUCUGCUGAUUAAAUGAUAUGUGUUUUCAUAUCAUAUAUACCAUCUUUAUUGUGCAUUACAAUCAAUGAAAGAUCUUGAAAAUGCAAAGAGAAAAAUGUGGUGCAGAGAAUAAAGUUUGGUUUAUGGAUCCAAGGAUAGCCAACAAACAUUAUGUACAAUCUACAGAAAUGUUGAGUAAAUGCCAUCUUUCCAAAAUCAGUUGACUCCUUCACGAAUACUUCUUUAAGAAAGAGCUCAAUUGAAAUUCGCCAAGUUAAACAAACAAACAAGCAAAAUAUAUUUAUCAUGCUAGAAGGAAACGACCUCCACGAAUUCUCAUAUGGACAGUUUUGAAUAGUAUCUCACCAAAGGGUGAUGUGCCACUUUUUUUUUUUGUCCUAAACUAAAUGUAAUCCUAUAUCCCAGGAGGGAGGAAAAAGGAAUGUGCAAGCGUUUGUUCAUGUUGGUUCAAUCAGCAAUUACUGGGAUGAAAAAGACAGAAAAACGAACAAAUAUCUCAGUUUCAGGAAAGCAAACAAAGGUAAACUUGUUAACGGAAUGUAGAAUAUUAUGUAAACUUCCUUGUAAAUUCUGUACAUAGUUCAUUGAAUUGUUCCUUGUUGUGUGGUGGUCCUCGGCUUUGGGUGGAUGUUUGAACAAUCCGAGCAUUGUAAAUAACGUAAGCUUAUGAGGCACUUGCUUUUAUUCACGAAGUGAAGCAACUAGUGAUGUGGGCCCAAACCAGAAUCUUUUUAGCUCUUGCUCUCUCUCUGCCAUUGUGCGUGCACAGUUGCAUCACUCUGCCUCCUGCCCCAACCCCACAGAAAGGGACGGUAGCUGAGGAGAAGGCUGUACUCCCUUGGGGCUGAGGGACGGCACACCAGCAGAGACAGGAACUGUAGCGAGCUGCUCCUGGAACUGUAUCAUGAAAAAUCAGGGGUGUUUCUAUCAGUCAUUCGUGGCUACUCAUAUAGUGAAAUACCAAAUCAUCCAUGCUUGUUGAGGGGUUAGGAAUGGAAGGGAUGUUCAAAAUCCACAGGCAAUCCAAAGCAUCAUUUGCACCAAUAGCUUUAGUUUCUACCUUUUUUCCUUCCACGAUGUUUCCCAGAACUUUGAAUAAGACAAGAAGUGAAUGGAUGGGUUUGAUCAGGGUAAACAAACAGUGAAAUGUCCAAAUGAUGGGAAGGAAAAAAGGAAGAGACAGCGAAUGACACUGAUAACACCAACUGGCCGAUUCAUCCUGCAAAGAUUCAGAAGUAACCAUGUCACAUUUCUAAAAGGUAAAGAGAAAUAUUGGGAAUUAAAGCAAGUAUUUUUCAACUGGGAGUCCGGGAUGUGUUUGAUAUGUGCUAGUUAAACUUAGAAUCUGUUGAUUAAAUAUUUUCAUAUAUAUGUCUCCCAAGUCCUAGUAUUCUUGAAAAAGACUUCAGAAUGGUGGGAUAUUCAGCCAUAACAUGUGUUUCCAUGCAAGUUGGCAGUCCCAGAGAUGGUGAUAGUGUCUGCAGAAAUUUGGAAUAGCCUAGCAAGCUGGGACAUAGAUUGGUUUCUUAGUAACAUUUUAGGGUACACAGCAUCUUUCUUGGAGUUAGGAAUUUAGCAAGGCGGAGUUUUUUGUGUAAAGAUUCUAUGUGCUUGGAGACUUGUUCUGGCUCCAAAAUGUCCCAAUCAGUGUCCACCAGCGAUGGAACUAACAAGGUUAGUCAAUUUCUAGGUCUAGAACCCAUUGUGCUUUUACGUGAAUCAUGCUUUUUCUAUAUAACUGAAAUCAACUAAACUGACAGAAACCUAAUUGUUAAAGGUUGUAAUUUCACAAGCAACGUUUGCAAGGAAAUCCUUUUUAAUAGAAGAAUUGCAAACCGGAAAAUGCUAAGUUCCUAGAAGGGUAAGGAUAAAGAGUUUUGAGUUUAUUUUUACCUCUCUGAUAGCAAGAACUUCCUUAUUUCAACUGUAGAGGCCUAACAGUUGUUUGUUUUGUUUCAUUUUUCCUAAUCAAAAAGUCUUUGGUAUAUUAAGGGUCUCACGGUCAUUCCUGACUGGCCCCUAGAGACCAUGCAGGUCCUGGAGCAACCAGCACUCAUCACAGACUUCAGUAGGAAUUCAGUGUGGGGGAAAUAAGUAUAUUUUUUAACCAGCUGGAAAUAAAACCAUUCUCAUGAAUGAUUCUACCUGCAUAUCCUGUUCUGAAGACAACAGAAACAUAAAUCAACAAAAAGAGAGGCCAAAUAACAUGAUGCAUUUGCCUUAGGUACACAGGGUCACAGAUUCACUUGCUUAAAACAGCUCACGUUAGAAGCCAAAGGAUGAAUAAAAGCAAUCAGUAUUGCUGUCCGGCUUUCAUCUCUCCCUGGGUUUCCUUUUGAAGAGAAACAGAAAAGGGGGGACAUUUUCCAAUACAACUUUUUUAUAGGUGAAAAUCAUUAAAAUGUGUUAUGUGUG